GUUGUGCCACCAUGACAGCUAAAAAUUAUCUAUCGUGACGUAACUUCCGUUGUGCUGCUGCCUCCAUUUUGGACGCUCGUCUCUUGUCUAUAAUUUCGAAUAGAUCGUCUUUAUGGGCAUGGUGUUACUGGUUGGAUAAUAAUGCGCGUCUAUUAAAAUGGAUACGUGGUCCGAUCUUUGCCGCUGUUGUUUGUCUGCCAAUUCUGAAGUGUCACUCCUAGAUACUGAACAGAAUGUAACUGAGAAAUUCCUUGAAGUUACUACGAUUGAGGUGAAAGAAGAUGAUGGUUUGCCACAGAAGCUGUGCUCGGACUGUUACUCAAUCAUGAACUCUGCAUACCAAUUUCGCAAACAGUGCAUCAAAAUGGACAAUGAACUACGCCUACAGCUGAACGCUGUACUAGACAUAUCUAAAAGUGACAAUCUCUCUAAGUAUGACCAUAGUGGGGACGAUGAAGACAUUGGAAAUGAUCCCGUUAAACAGCUUGAAGCUAUUAUCAAACAAGAACCUGCUGAUAGUGACGAUGACUGCUAUUAUGUUUUAGUGAUAGAUGACCCUAAGGACAAAACAAAAGUCCAACCUACUGUAGUACCCAUCAAAGAAGAACAAUUUGAUGAUCCUGCAACUGAAGAUACUACUACAUACAUACAUGAACAAACUCAAAGUACACAGAGUCAGUUUGAAGAUUCAAUUGAGUCAUUUCUUAUGUCCAACACUAAAGUUCCUGCUAACGUACCCGCUACUAUCCUAGAAAAUGAGGAGGAAAGCCAAGAGAAUGAUGACUUAGAAGGAGCUAUGAAUAUUGACGAAACUGAGGACACAAUGACUCACGAACAGAGUUUAGCACAAAUAGAACAGGCACAAGAAAAUGAAAUAAUAGAAACUAUUUCUACAGAUGUCAUCAAAGAUAUUCCAAAUUCGAAAAACUUCAUCAAAAUAUUGACCACCACAGAGUCCGAUGGCACUAUACUCUUGAAAAGUAACGAUUUUACACAAUUAGUCACAAAUGAAGAUGAAGAUGGAGAUGGUUUGUCUCAAGAAGUAAUAUUCUGUGAAGGUGAUGACACCUCUCAGUUCCAAAUACUGAAGUAUGAUGGCUCAGAGCUGGUUAUAGAGUAUGCAGAUGAUGGUCAAAUAGCAACUGUCUUACAACAAGAAGAUGGGACAUUCUUGUGUGAUUGCGGAGAGCAAUUUGAGGACCUAGCUGAUUAUGAGAAGCAUCAAUACAAGCACAACCCUGCCGGGGAACAUCUUUGCAGCUUAUGCGGUAAAGGGUUUGAGUCUGCAGAGAUACUGACGGGACACAUGCUACUCCACAGCAGUACAGGCCUCCUCAUCACUUGUCCGUUCUGCAACCAGCUUAUCAGACGCAAUUCUUUGACGCAACAUAUCAAAUAUGGUCACAACAACUUUAAACCUCGCUGCAAUGUCUGUUUAAAAACGUUUGCUAAUCCGAACAACUUGAAGCGUCACAUGAUGAUACAUAGUGGAAUCAGAGAGUUUGAGUGUGACAUAUGCUUCAAGAGAUUCCACCAGAAAAUUACUAUGCAAACUCAUAGACUAACACAUAUGAACCCGUUUUCUUGCAACCAGUGCGACAAAACAUUUGAGACUAAGACUGCUUUGUCCGAUCAUAAAGAGUCCGAAGACUGUACGAGAUCAAAAGUAAUAAAGGUUAAAGAGGAAUUAAUGAAGACUGUGAAACAGGAAAUAACUACAAAUUUAGGGAAACUGCUUGGUUAUGCUUGCUCGUUAUGUAAGAAGAUGUUUUCUGUGGAGUCUGCUUUGGAGCAGCAUAUUGAAAGUACACACAUAGUGGAUCCAACGGAACUGCUAUGUUCCGAAUGUGGUGAAGUGCUACCAUCUAAGAAGGACAUGCAAACACACAUACUAACACACAAGAACCUGAAAGUGAAAAAUGCAAAGAGGUUUGAAUGCAAUAUUUGUGGUAAAGGGUGUUCCAGCCAGGCUAUGUUGCUGAUGCAUGAACGGGUGCAUACCAAUGAGCGACCGUUCCCAUGUCAGCUGUGCUCUUUACGUUUCAAGACAAAGACACAUUUACGGACACAUCAACUGACUCAUACAAGGGAAAAGAAGUUUGGAUGUUCAGUUUGUAUGAAGUUCUUUGCUCUUAAAGGUAAUUUGGUGGUUCAUUUACGUACACACACGGGUGAAAGGCCAUAUGUCUGCUCCAUUUGCGGUGAAGCUUUCAUAGACUCGAAAUAUUUGAAAAAGCAUAAACUAAAGAAGCAUGCUAUAGACAAUUUGCCCUGGAAUCAGUACUAGGAACUGUGAUUCUAGUGUAAAUUAUUCUAUUAGUUGUAUUGUUUAGUUUUUGUUUUUAUACAUAUUAUGUAUUUAUUUUUAAUUAUUAGCUCAAAUUGUCUGACUGGUACUUUUCUCUUGUUGUCUCAACUGAAAUCAUAUAGUUGUGUUUUACAUUAACAACCAAGAUUAGCCUAAACUACUUUAUUUUCUGUUAAGUAAAUAAUCACCUUUUUGAUCUAUAAUCCCAGUAUUUGAUUUUGUCGCCAGCUUCUGACUUAUUUUAAACUUGAUAAAGUUUUCUGUCAUCUUUGGUUUUGUUAUAUUUCACUCAUCCUUUCUGGCAUAAUAUAAUAUCAAACAUACACUAAGCUAUACCCAGAACGUGCCAAAUUCUGUGUUCAAACGUUUUCAUACAAAAAUAUAUCACCUUCAAAUAUGUAUGUAAUUCAUUAUCAAAAUUAAUCACCACUGAGAAAAUAGUCUUGCUUUUAUUUGGAUCUCAAAAUGUAUACAUAUUAGUAUAACAUGAUAUGCAGUGAUGAGGCAAAAUUAUACAUUUGUACAAAUUGCGUUAAGUUUAUGAAGUAAUAAUACAGUUUUCAGGCAAUUUGGACAUGUUUUUUUUAGUUCUUGUGUGUAGUAAAUGGAUUACCAUACUUUAUCAUACUGAUUCUAAAAGCAACCAGCUUUUGUACACUUAUUCAUAAAAGAAAGAAUUUGUAAUUUUAAUUUGUCACAAUUCAAUGUAAAUUCACAUACUAUGUGUUCAAUUACUAUUAUAGUUCAACAUGUAAGCUUAAAAACAUUUACAAAGCAUGAACUGUGUACAAUAUAUUGUAUAUCUUACCUUGUACAGUUUAGCUAGGAAAAUUGAUAAUUUGCAAUGAGUAUAAAAAAAAAUAUUCAAGGUUUACAAAAUGCCAAAGUUGUUUAGUUUUCAAUUGGAGAAAAAAGUAUAUUAGCUACCUUUAUCACAAAAUACUGACAAUGUUAUCACUUGUUUUACCCAAUAUGCUAUUAACUGCAGAUAUCAAUAACGGAUGCAUCCUUUGUUUUUAUGAUUGAUUUGACAUAAUUUCUAUGAAGCGAAGUCACAUUCUCAUGAGCACUGAGUAAAAAUAUUACUUUAUUUUAUACCAAAUUAAGGUCAGUUAAUUCUAAUGUAAAACAUUAGAAUCCAUAACACAUUUGUACAUAAAGAUUCAUGAAAUGAUUUCGACAAGAAAACUUAUAAUAAGCUACUUUAAUUUAUCAGAUGGAACUAAGUGUAAUUAUUUAAUGUGUAAAUAGGUUUGUGUUGUUUGUAAGAUGUUAUAGCAUCGUAAAAAUUGGCGGUUACAUGUUGAAAGGUGUUACCAAAACAGCUUCCAUUAGGUAGCAACACCAAGAAAACUAUGACUAGUUUUUUUUUUUUUUUCAAUAUUGUGAUGUCACUCACAGACUUUUGUCAAUAAAUUAAUUUUUAUAACUAAUAACUUGCCUGUCCAAUGAGUCAUAAUUGGUAGACACAUAUGGCGUGACUACAAAAACUUUAACACCUGUUUUACACUUGUCUAAAAGAAUUGUGGUUGCAAAAUGAACCUUACGUCAACGUCAAAAUCUGUCAUUUUUUUAGACAAGUGUCCAACAGACGUUUAUAAGUAAGGCCAUUAUUGUUUAACUUUUGUGUCUGCAUCGUGGACACUGAAGUGGUGAAUAAAAAACACAAUAAAAUAUGGAUAUAAUGAACUGAAGCUCAGCCUAUUUUUGGAGAAGGCUUAACUUAAAAAAAGUAUUGACUAUCUCUAUACAAGAGGAGUAUGAAGUCAUCAUCCUCCGAGCCCUUUUCCCAAGUAUGUUGGGGUCGGCCUCCAGUCUAACCGGAUGUAGCUGUAGCAAGAAGUAUGAAGUAUUGCAAUAUUUUAUUGUUACAUUUUCAGGUGGAAUAAUCUUUUAAGCCUUCCCCGAAAAAAGGCUAUUGAGGAAUAUCUAUGCAUGCUUUUUUACAGACAGCGGAAAUAUGUAAUACUACACAUUUUUUUUUCUUUUUGCUGUUUUGGUAACUCUAUAGCAAUAACACUAAGAAUUUAGUGCCUUUGCAGUCAAACUGAUUUUAGUAUGUAUAAGUAGUGUCGUGUAUAAAUGUUAUAUAUAGUUUUGUUUGACUAUGUACAUAAUUUGAUGAUUUCGAUGGGUAUAUGCUCAUUUAAAAAAAUCCUUAAUAUUGUAACCGCCGAUCCUUACAAGUUUAUAGCAUUGUAACUUGAACAGUUUUGUUUUUUUUUUUUUUGUACAAAGUGAUCCAAUGUGCCACUGAAGGCGGCUAAUUCGGUGAUAUGAAUACUCCUGUUGCAUUUUGUUGUAAUCCAAGGAAUAUUGUCAAAGAAUAAAAAAAAAAUAUCAAUAUGGUU